GUUCAUGCUUAAAGUUAACUUUGAUAUUAAACGUUUAAACUUAACAUUAGCUACAUAUUUAGCUAAAAUCAGAAUGCUUUUAAAUUACACAUAAAGCACAUUUUUCUGAUGAAUUCUGAUAUAAAGGUCAAAAAAGCAACAAACAUUGAAAAAGUUUUCUAAAUUUCACAAAACUGUCAGCAAUUUUUUAUAUGGAUACAUGAUACCUUCACCACCUCAUAUUUACCAAAUGCACUAACAUGAAAUAAUACAACUGAAAUAGUCUUUUUUUUUCCCUAACAGUUUUUUUGUUUUUCAUCUUUACAGUUCAGGAUCUGAUCUGCAUAAACCAAAAAAUUGCUUGCCUCCUGAAACCCUUACUUCGGGGAUCUAUGAGGAAAAAAGUGACAUCUGGUCUGCUGGAUGCAUACUCCUUGAGCUAUGUACCAAAAAAAUAGUGUUCUCCCCAGUUCAUCCAAGAAUAGCAGAUGAUCAUUUCCUAAAAGGGUUCUCUCAAGAGCUUCGUCAACUUCUGCGUGAAAUGCUGCAAAACAAUCCUAAAGACAGACCAACAGCCGCAGAAGUCCUUGCACGCCUCUUUGCUUUCACAAGUCUGACUAAAAAGAGCAAAGCAAAAGUGGAGAAGAUCCAGAAAAUGUUGAAAGCACUGCGGGCUCUGGCUGAUGGUUUGGAGAAAACUCAUCUGGGCACUACCAUUGGCAGUCUGACUGGAGGAGUGAUUGGAAUAGUUGGAGGAAUUGCAACAUUGGGGGUUACACUUGCCCCAGUUACUCUUGGAGGUUCCUUUUUGGCUGCAAGUUUGGGGAUAGGUUUAGUCGGAGGAAUUACUGCUGGUACUUCAAAUAUCACAAAAUUAGUCAAGCAUAAGUUUCAGCGUAAAGUAAUUGAGAGUUUGCUCACAGAAUUGGGUCUGGUGAUUGCAGCAGUUGUCACAUGGCUCAUGGAGAGAAACUCUGGAUUAGAGAUCUCACAAUCUCAACCCAUUUUAGAAAAUGAGGAUAGUUUUGAAGAUAAAGCCAUGAAGAGCUUAACCACCAUGGGUAAAACAACACAUCGCAUUUUAGUUCGAAGUUUAUUCCUUAAUGGACUUUUUAAGACUGCCAAAACUGCAGGACAAGCAUCCAGAGUGGCGCAGGUGGCCAAGGCGGCAACAUGUGCUCUCACUGGUAUAUUCAUUGCUGUUGAUGUUUUCUGUGUUGUCAUGGAUGCAAAAGAAAUUCAUUGUGCCAGGCAGGCUUCCUCUAAUAAGAAUGAUGAAUCAGAAAUUAUUACAUUUAUAAAAGCAAUCCACAAGCAUUCCGAUGACCUCCAAAUACUUGUGGAUUUGCUGAAUAGCAUGAUUUAAUCAAUACUUUUACUUGGAAUUCACUCAAAAAAGUAUACUAAUUUAAGGAUGACUUUGAUCACAUUCAAACAAUUGGAACUUCUCAAACUUUAUGUCCCUAUGCAGUAAUUAUGGUAGGGAACAUUCAAAUUUUUACCAUGGCUUUAGCGGUUUAAGAAAAAGUCUGAGACUUUUAUAUAUCUGGAAAUAUGUUAAAACAUGCUUUAACUUGUGCUGAGAUUUUUUAUAUGAAAAUGAUCAAACUGCUUGUUUCAAAUGUAGAGGACAUAAUGUUCAUGCAAUAAUUAACUUAAUAGUGUGAACAUUUAUUAUUCAAAUAUAGAGCACAUAUGUGGUUUGGUCAAAAUGUCUGUUACUUCCCAAACUAUAUUUCUUGAUAAGUAAAAUGCAGGGCAACUGCAAAGAAUGACAUGUGGAAAUAGGAAUUUGCCUAAAAAGUUUUAAAAGGACUUGUGUUAAUAUUCUCUGACAGAAUCACUGCAGUAUCCAUUGCAAUGUAAAUUUUAUCAUUUUAUACACCUAAAUCCAUGACAAGACACAAAAAUUCCAUCAAGACAAGCUGAGAUGAAUAUCUUGCUAUAAAUGACCU